AUGGCCCAAGACAUCAUUGAUCACAACAGAUUUGUUCUCAGCAGGGUUAUCACGAUGAUAGAGUCCAAUAAAGAGGAACACCGACAGAAGGGCUCAGAGGUUGGAUAUCCUGAUAUUGCAUUUUGGGCGAUCCCUGACAUGCGGAUGAAGAUUCUUGACGUCGCGCUCAAGGUGAUGAAACAGAGGAACUAUAGGAACCCAGCUCGAUCUUCGAUCCGCCUUGGGAUCUCAGGUCCGCCGGGAGUCGGCAAGUCCACAGUCGCAGUGAUUGCGGUGGAUCCGUCAUCUCAGAUAUCUCGAGGAUCGAUUCUUGGCGACAAGACGAGGAUGAACGAUUUGGCGGCGCAUCCCAACGCAUACAUCCGUCCUUGUGCCACCGGAGGAAGUUUGGGAGGGCUGUCGCAGCAUACGGACGAAGUCGUGCUUCUAUGCGAGACUGCGGGGUUUGACGUCAUCCUGAUUGAAACCGUCGGAGUAGGGCAGAGCGAGGUCCUCGUCUCAGAGGUUGCAGACAUGUUCAUCUUGCUGCUCCCGCCCGUCGGCGGCGACGAGCUGCAGGGCAUCAAGAGAGGAAUCAUGGAAGCGGCAGAUCUGAUAGUCAUUAACAAGGCUGAUGGCGACCUCAAGCUCCUGGCCAAGAAGGCUCAGAGCGAAUGUCGUUCUGCUCUGCAGUUUCUGAGGGGGGGAGCCGGACACAAGUGGUGGAAAAGUGACGUGCUGACAUGCUCUGCCCAAACCAAGGAAGGAGUGAAUGACAUCAUGUCGAGCAUUGAGACCUACUGGAAGUUGGGCGAUGAAUCAGGCGAUCUGAGACUUCGUAGAGGAAAGCAACGAGCAUCUUGGAUGUGGAGAAAGUCCAAGGAAGAUAUCGUGAAAAUGCUCGAAGACUGUGAGUUGGUAACAAAACGAGCAGAAGAGCUUGAGGUUGAACUGCGCCAGAGCGAGAAAACGCCUAGAUGGGCGGCAAAAGAGCUUGUGAAGGUGUUCAUGAAGACCGGAAAAGAUCUUUGA